UUAUCAAUGCAUUGUAUAUGUAGUGUAAUGAGCUGACUUGACUGUCAUCUCAGAGGUCGUAUGCAUGUAGGAUCUACGUCGUUUGAGAAAUCAGCUUGCUGAAAACUUUAUUGUGGCAUAUGGAUCAGAUGGUAGAGUUCAUGAGGUCACUUUAGAGGUCAUUUAGGGUCAUCACCAUGGACACCAGGCCAUCUAGUGUCUUACAUCAUGCGAGGAGAAGAGAGAUUAGGGAUAUUUCUGUAAGGAGAUUUCAACAGAUUCAUCAUGUAAAUGAAACACUCAUCAAUAGACUUGGCCUGGAACAUGAGUUAGAGGGUCACAAUGGAUGUGUGAAUUGUUUAGAAUGGAAUGAAUCAGGAUCAUUGUUAGGAAGUGGUUCAGACGAUCUUACUGCUAUGAUAUGGGAUCCUCACAGAAGGAGAAAAUUAACAACUAUCCGUACUGGUCACCUUGGAAAUAUCUUUUCUCUUAAAUUCUUGCCAAAUUCUCAAGAUGAGACCAUAGCCACCGGUGCUGCUGACUGCAAAGUCCGGGUUCACAACGUGCCUAGGGGUGAGACUACGUAUGCCUUUAGCUGCCACGCAGGUCGUGUCAAAAGACUCGCAGUGGUGCCCAACCUUCCCUACAUGUUCUGGAGUGCAGGAGAAGAUGGGACGAUAAGGCAUUUUGAUCUGAGAUCUCCCCACCUGUGUAAUGAUAGCUGUAACAAUGUUCUUAUUAAUCUCAACUAUUACACUGGCAAACAUGGGGAAUGCAAGUGCCUUGCAAUCAACCCAUACAGACCUGAACAGCUAGCAGUUGGGGCUAGUGAUCCAUUCAUUAGGCUUUACGACAUUAGAAUGUUGAACCCUCAUGCCGUUCACUUCUCAAGAGAAGAGGUCCUGAGGUCAGCGUGGAGGACCCCGGCCCCUGAACCAGAUGACCAUGGUGAAGUGCCAAGGGGAUGUGUGCAAUAUUUCAUAGCAGGUCAUUUACCUGUCAAGGAGGAGGAGAGAGGGAGAAGAUAUAGGUCACUGGUUGCGACCUAUGUGACCUUUGGCCCUACAGGUCAUGAACUUUUAGCAAACCUUGGAGGAGAACAAGUAUAUCUGUUUGAUGUAAACAAUAGGCAGAAACCAAGACUGUAUAAUGUUGGUGAUUAUCCAGCUCCAAGUGCCAAUGGAUAUUGUACAAAUGGUGUUUGUAAAGAUGUCCAACAGCACAUAGGGGAAGCAUUAUCAUCGAAUGGAUCAUCAGUAGACCCAGCCAAUGGGAUGAAUGGUCUCUACCAGCCAACCAAUGGCAUGAAGAAGGAAGACUCGGAUGCGAGGGCGGGCUACUCACAUCACAGUGAGAGGCAUCAGUCUAGGUCACAUGCAUCAUCAAGUAGGAGAAAAGGCUCAACCAAAGAACUUCCUCCUAAGAUAGAAGCAUGGAAGCAUGAAGCAAACAAGUUCUACUGUGAUAAGAAGGAUUAUACCUCAGCAAUCCGUCUCUACAAUCAGGCCAUCAGCAUGUGUUCAGACCAUGCCAUUCUCUUUGGCAACAGAGCAGCAGCUUAUAUGAAACGAGGAUGGGAUGGAGAUAUUUAUGCAGCUCUUCGUGACUGCCACAGUGCCUUGAGCCUCGAUGCUAAGCAUCGUAAGGCCCAUUUCCGUCUUGCCCGCUGCUUGCUUCAGCUCACCUGGUCCAACGAGGCCCAUCAGUGUCUGCAGUCAUUCAAGACCAAGUUUCCGGAGUAUGCCAAGUAUUCUGAGUGCCAGGCCCUAGAGAGGGACAUCACUGCUGCGGUCUUUUCGAACUCUGAUAAACGGACGAAUGAAGCUCCGAGUGACCAAGACUGGCAAGAUUCGCCACCGGAUGGUCCGAGGACGUCAAGCAGCGAGGCAGUAGAACCUAAGGAGAAAGAACUCAGAAAUGAUGCAUAUGAUUAUACAGAGAGAUACUGUGGACACUGCAAUACAACCACUGAUAUCAAGGAAGCAAACUUCUUUGGAAGCAACGGUCAGUACAUCAUGGCUGGUUCAGAUGAUGGCUCAUUCUUUAUCUGGGAUCGGAAGACCACUAACAUCGCUCGCGUCCUCAGAGGUGAUGAUUCCAUUGUUAACUGUCUUCAACCUCAUCCAUCGUCGUGUCUCCUAGCAACCAGUGGCAUUGACCCCGUCGUAAGGUUAUGGAGCCCUCGACCUGAGGAUGGUAGCAGCAAUGACCGUUGCAUCACAGAACCUGACACAGCAGCGACAGCCAACCAGAGGCGGAUGAAAGCCGACCCCUUGGAGGUCAUGUUAAUGAACAUGGGUUACCGUAUCACAGGUAUCUCUACAGACGGAUCUGACGAUGAACCCGAUGCCCCAAUGCCGUGCAGACCUAGCUAGUAUUCCAAGAGACAUGGUGUCCGUAGUGACGUCAGACAUAAGAUUUUAUUUCAGAGACACUCUUGUAAAGUGCACAAUUCCUUGGACAGUAUUUCAUGUAUGCCAGCUGGGGUAAGAUUGCCAAGUGUUCAACCUGUCGUAUCCAAAAUUGCUUGGUUUAGAAUAAAACCUAUUUCCACGAUACGGUGUUCAUGGCGUGUGAUGCAGAGCUAGUUAAUAUUCCAUGAGACACAAUGUCCAUGUUGAUGUCCGACAUACCACUUUAUUUUAAAGACACUCUUGUAAAGUGCACAAUUACUUGGAAAAUUAUUAUAUGUUUGCCAACAGGGGUAAGAUUGCCAAUUCCGUACACACACAUAUUAUUAUUUGUACAUGCCUAAGAGAGAUGGUUACCAAAUGUUUAAUAUUAACUAUCAUCAACAAAGAUUGAGGCACGCUUGGGUGUAGCUCGGAUGGAGACCCAGAUACGUAUCCCCAUGCCAGAAAGACCAAGCAAGUAGUCCAGAGAACAUGUUGUCUUAGUGUUCUUGAAGUAAAGUUGGAAGAACUCUCGUACAGUGCACAGAACUUUGGACAGUAUUUAAUGUUCACCAAACUAUAUGUCAUUAUUUUGCAUGAUAAGUAAAUUGGAAUUGAUUUUAAGAAGAUAUUUCCUUUAAUUUAAUUACAGAUGUUCUAGAUGUAAGAAUUUUGCCAUAAAUAGUGUACUAUCAUCCACACAAUAGUGUGGGCACGUCAUGGUCUAGUGUUUCUGACUCGCGCCUUUCAAACAGAGGGUCUUGUGUUCGAAUCCUAGCCAUGGCAUGUUUUCCUUCAGCAAGAAGUUAUCCACACUG